AUGACAAAAAAAGUAUGCCCCUUCUGUAAAGAUGAACAUUCUCCAAACGAGUGCACAAAGGUCACGUCAUACGAGUCGCGCAUUGCUAUAGUGAAAAAGGAACAUCUGUGUUUUAACUGUUUACGGAAACAUCAAGUAUCGUCGUGCCGUUCCACAAACAGAUGUCGUCACUGUCAGCGCAAACAUCAUUCUAGUAUAUGUGAUAAACAUUUCAAGCAAUCUUCAUUAAAUCCCGACGCUGCAAGUUUCACAGUACCAGCUAUGUCCGACGUCGUAUCCCAACCCGAUACAACAACUCUACCCUCAACAACUGACUCCAGACCGGAUAUACUACUCAAGACAGUUGUUGCCCAGUUAUGUUCUUCCAGUGUUUCUGUAGAGACAAACAUUCAUUUUGAUGAGGGAGCUCAGCGUUCCUUUAUUACUGAAGUGUUGGCAGAAAAGUUACAUCUUCCCCAGACCGGAAGUGAGGUAGUACAUUUCGGUGAUACCAGCCAGCGAGUUCGAAACAUGACCAAGGGGACUAUUUCUCUUAUUACAGACGAUAAAGAAAAAAUAGACAUAGAAGUGUUGUUUGUUCCAAAAAUAGCCGUUCCGUUAUGCAAUGUGAAUCAGAACAUUUCAUCUUUACCAUAUUUACGCGGUUUGAAACUUGCUCAUCCAGUUACAAAUGACAAAGAAUUUGAGAUAUCGUUGCUGAUUGGUGCAGAUUCAUAUUGGAAAAUUGUUCAAGAUAGAGUGUUCCAAGGUAACGGUCCAACUGCGGUACAGUCAAGAAUUGGAUAUCUUCUGUCAGGUCCGCUUCCAGUAUCCACAUACAAGCAACUUCCGGUUUCCACACAAGGAAGACCCAUGCAUCACAUGCUUAACGUUCUUACGUCACCAACAGACCCCUGUGAUCUUGAGAGAUUUUGGAGGCUUGAGACUCUAGGAAUUUCAGAAAAUGAAGUCUACGUCUACUGA